AUGGUAAUAGUGGUGAUUAUAAUGCAAUAUAACCUUGGUAUUCUGACGUUUGGAAAUUUGACGGCGGUGUUAUUGUAAAAAUGUAAUGCGUUGUAAAUAAUUAAUUUUCUUCGUUUUUCGUGUAGGGAAAAAAUAAAUACGUGUCGACGGAAUGCGUAAUGUGAUAUUUAAGCUAGAUUACUUUUGCAAUCAUUUAUUUUUAGCACAACAAGAAUUUCUUAAUAGACAAAUCUUUCUCCUCGGUAACUAUAUUAUUUUACAAGCGCAUAAACACAGGUAGUAUUAAGAUUACCAGUUGCCAUAAAUAUAAUGAUUGCAGAAAUAGGCACAGAGGGCUUUCAGCCAAUGACAAGUUUUACUGAAGAAAGGCUAUUUAAGUUACAAUGUUUGAUUAAAGCAACCGAGAUACAACACAGUGCACAAUGUGAAUAUGGAAAGAAAUUAUUUUUAGCACUUACAACAGGAAAUGCUGACAUUUUUUUGUAUUAUAAGAAAGAUUCAGUAUCUACCGCAGUAAUUAAAAGAAUACCUUGGUUCCAAGGAUCUCACAAACAAAUCUCAGCUCUAUGUUUUCACUCUAUGGGAUCAUGGUUGCUCACUACAAGUGUUGAUGGAUCUGUAUAUAUAAUCCCUGCUCUAUACUUUGUAGAUGAAAAUUGUGAGAAGGACAAAAGAUGGACUAGUGAUGAUAUAACUUCUUUUCCUUCCAUUAGUUCACAGUCAUCCCAUUCGAAGCCUACUGCAAUUGUAUGGUGGCAAAGUACAGUAAUACCAGCUGAAAUUGGUAUUAUUGGAACUGAGUAUGGAGAGAUUAUAUUUCUAAAUCUUGAAACUGGCCAUCAAACAAAUGUCACACAAAUCAAAGGGAAUAUUGCCAGUUUGCAUAUUUGUCGCGAUCAAAGUAAUGAUAUUGUAUCUCUUCUGAUAACAAGCCAAUCCAGAGGACAAUGGAGAUUACUUUUGGAGCAGCGUACAUACAGUUGUUUGCAUCAUUUAGAGAAUGGGGAAUCAUAUAAUGCGUUGCAUACAAAUGAUAACAUGUAUGAUAAUACCAAGAUAUUUGCUUCUACCAGAUCCAGAUUGCAAGGACUCAAGCAGUUGUCUGUGGAAAAAAUUGCAAUUCUUAGACAAAAGUUAAUAGAAACAAAAAAUCAGACAUUAGGAGAAAAUUUACAAUAUCAUGAUAUUACGAGCAAUAGAAAUACACAAAAUAUAACUAUUAAUUCUGACUCUUCUACAGAAGUAAAUCAGAAUCAGAUAACACCAGAAGCAAUGUCAAAAGAUGUAUUUCUAAUGUCUCAGUUAGAUAGGGAUGGACAACAAUUAUAUACAUGUUACCAUUCUAUUACAAAUCAGAUAUUGGUAUAUGGACCUAAUUUUACUACCGUACCUUUAUCGGCGCAUAAAGUAUUUGAAUCAUGUAGAAACGUUUUAUUAACUCAGCGAUUUUUUUUUAUUACUGACGUCAGUCAACGUGUAAUAUAUGUAAUAUCAGACAGAUUAUCCGAAACUCGUAAGAGCGAUAAUGGUAAAUUUAAUCCAGAGUGUAUUGUUGGCCACUUUUCUUUGAUGAACAGUAAAGAAGUUAUACGUGCUGUGUACAGAGCUAUUGAUUGUACAAAUAGUGCACCAACAACACUUUCUGAAGAAAUUAAACAUAAAUACACGUUACCAAAGGGAGUAAGAGAUAUUAAAAUCGAAUUACCUCAUGUGGAUACUUGUAUAAUUGUAACAAAUCAUUCUGUAUAUAAAAUUGUUUUAAGGAAAUCAAUAUUAUCAAUUUUUAUGGAAUUAGUAUUAAAAAAUAAUGAACUUGAAAAAGCGGCAAAGUUGGCUGUAGUGCUCGGUAUUAAUGCACAACAAUUAUUAGAGCAAGCUGGUGAUAUACUUUUAACUAAUAAAGAAUUUCCACGUGCUGUAGCUUGCUAUAAAUUGUCUAAAUGUAGAAUAAUGAAGAGUAUGUUAAAAUUUGCUUCUGUUGGUUAUACAGCGGAUUUAUUACGUUGUCUUACACAUUGUUUAACUUCCCCUGUUAUUAGCGAAAUGCCUGUUGCACCAAGAAUACAUCUUUCUAACUUAUGUGUUCUCGCUUUUAUCGAACGAACGCUUCGAGCUUCAUCUCAAAAGUCCAAAGCUAUAUAUAAAGAAUUUUUGUAUUUCUUAUCUACAAAUUCUUUUUAUGAUGAAUUGUUAGCAGUUAAUAUCGCUGGACAGACGUGUCUGUGGGAAGUGUUACAUCAUUUAGCAACACAGAAGGGUCUUUAUGGACAAAUGUUAGAUAUUCUUAUGAGGACAAUACAUACUUUCAGCACAAGCAAUUUCCAACCAACACCAUAUGGUUUGUUGAUAUGUAUAAGUGAACCAAGUCUAAUGCAAGCAAUGUUAGUCUAUCCUGAGUUAGCUAGAAAUCAUAUGUCAUUUAUUCUUGAUAAUCUUCAAGAAUCUCAAAUUUUUGUACUUCAGAGAUUAGUAACACUAUACGAUCCAACGAAUCCAGUAAUAAGACCUAGGGUAGUGCGAUGCCGAUUACGUCAUAGAACUACUUCGCACAGUUCUCAAUCUAGUCAAUGUGAUUCUAUAGAUCUCGUGGAAAAUGAUGAGGCUGAUACACUCAUUGAAGAAAUCAUAGAAACUUUUUUACUAAUUUUACUGACUUUGAUUUAUAAAAAAUCUAUUUUACAUCAAGAAUCUACUACAUGUAACAUUGAAUUAUUAGAAUUUAAGAAGGAUCAUAGAAAUACUAAUUCUGGUGCUGAUUUCAAAAGAAGACCAUUAUGUGCUGGAUUCUCUCAUGUUGCUCUUAUUAGGAACGGAAAUGUUUAUACAUGGGGAAGUUCUGUGCAUGGAUGUUUAGGAAUUGGUCCAUCUGUAUUGAGAUAUGGUUCGCCUCAAGCUAUAACUUUUUUCUGGCUCAUGGAAGUUGAGGUUCUCAGUGUAUCUUGCGGACAUUGUCAUACUCUGGCAGUAACCAAUAACGGCGUUUACGCGUGGGGUUCAAGUCAGUUUGGUCAACUAGGUCUGGGAAAAAUUUUACAAUGUUCAACCCCUGAAUUGAUCACUUCUUUGGCUCAAGAAGUCAUUAUUGAUGCAGUAGCUGGACAAUACCAUUCAGUAGCAUUGACUGCAGAUGGUAGAGUUUUCACAUGGGGUUGGGGUGUUCAUGGCCAAUUGGGUCAUGGUAAUACCGACAAAAAAAUGACUCCCACGUUAGUUACGUCAUUACUUGGUACCGUUAUACGUUACAUUACUGCCGGUCAUGCACAUACAUUAGCUCUUUCAACAGAGGGUAUUGUGUAUGCAUUUGGUUGUAAUAUUUUUGGGCAAUUGGGUGUGGGUAGUAAUGUUAAGAGUUCAGUGCCAAUAAAAGUUUCGUUAUCAGAAAGAAUAACUCUUAUUACAACUGGAUAUUUUCACAAUCUUGCUGUUAGUUCUACAAAUAAGUUAUAUAUAUGGGGAGCUAGUCCCCAAGUUCUCCGAUUGCAAGCACAAACGCAAAAACGAACUCGAAUAUUGGAACAACGAGACUUAAAGCAGUUUGAAAAUAUUGAUGAGUUCGAAAAAGUCACGGAUUCCGCAAACAUGAAUGAUACAAAUGAAGAAGUCUUAGAAAAUAAUGCACAAAAUAGAAAUGUACAAUCAAAAGCAUGCGGUAUUAGUACAGAAUCACGAAAAAAGUUAGAUAACACGUGUUUAAAAAGUGUAAACGUCGGAUCCCUUGAAGAAGCUCAAACACAUUUAAAACCAACCAUUGUAGAUACGAGUUUAGUCAAAGGGGAUAUCAUCCGGAUAUCGGCUGGUUGCCACCAUAAUGCUCUCAUGACGAAGGAUGGAUCGCUUUAUAUGUGGGGCAGAAAUUUGGAUGGGCAGAUAGGCAAUGGUAGCAGACGGGAAGUGCCGAUUCCUACGCCAUUGUGUUACAAUCCUGCUUCGAUUUUUGCACAAGUACCACCAAGGCAUAAUGCUUACAAACGAGUGGAAGAGGAACAAGAUUUAAACGGCGAUGUAAAGAAUUCUGCGGUGAACGAGAGAAAUGGAAAUGUACAUGAUGAAGCUAGAUCAUUCCAGGCAGAAAGCAGUAAAUCCAAGGAAAAAAUAAACCCUAUAAUUAAAACAGUUGCAAUUCAUUGCGGAUACGAUUAUACAGUCGCUAUUCAACCAGGAGGUACAGUUCUAGCUUGGGGUAAUAAUAGUAGAGCACAAUUAGGUCGGCUUCCUGCAAAAGAUGCACGUGACACCGACGAUAAGCUUGUGUUGAUUAAAAAGCGAGUUGUACGGCUCCCUCACGCAUCGCAUGUAGCUUUGGACGUACCUAGUCAAGUUCCUAAUAUUCCCGCUCCCAUUAUUUCUUACCAAAGUUAUGACAUACCCUCUCUGGCGGGUAUAAUUCGUCCUUUGAGCGUUAUCGAAAAAUCACCAGGAGAAUUGACACUACAUUAUGCAUUAGAAUAUUUCUCUGGUUUAUAUGAUUCCUCAAGAAUUAUAGAGAAGAGUGUCGAGUUGGGAAACUACCAAGCUUGCUCAAAAAUAGCUAUGCUGCAGCAUAAUAUUUCUGAUGCGUUUUCGUAUCAAUUGAAAAUAUUACACGUAUUGAGUCUGCAAUCUUGCUCAAAAGUGAAGUCUGAAAAUUUGUGCGAAAAGACAGAACGAAAGUCUUUGGAUGAGUGUGAUUUAAAGAAGUCUUCAUCAGCACAUCACGUUAGAAAAAACACUGAACUUUUUAACAAACAGAUAGAGAAGAAUCUGAUUGAUUCUGUAAAAGAUUGCGCCGCUAGGAACAAAAUGAAAAUUCCUGCAAGCAAAUCAUUAAAUAGUCUGCAAACGCUUCAACAAGAACUAUACACAUUCGAUUGUCAGGGUGGCUUAGAAGAACUGUGCAGAGAUAUUAAAUGUGAAAAUGCACCUGUGGGGAUUUUCGGGGAUAGUUUCGAUUCUGACACUAGUUCUGAUUCGGAGGAAUGGUUGGAAAGUCUUAUUUUCAAGGAAAACCAAUUACCAAAGCAAAAAAAAGCAGAGAUAUUCACUAAAGAUUGUUCUUCUCCUCCCUCUACUCCUAUGAAGGAAAGUGUAGAUCAGUUGCCCAAAAGUAACGGGACAUUUUAUGAAAAGAAAAUUUCUCGAUCUCGGCAGAAUAAUAUAACCAAUGAAGCUAUAAAAGUUAUUAAGUUUUUUUUGAAUGAAAUGGAAAACGAAACGGACACUAUCAAAUGUAAAAUGUUACAAGAUGCGCUUGAGUUCUGGAUUAAACACGAUUUACCGAUGCAAACUAUAGAGAAUAUAUUUUUGGAACACAUUCAAUCGAUCUUUUAUCCUCUUGGAUUGCUGUUAUUCUGCCAAGAAAUCAUGGAUAAAUAUUUGGAUAUAAAUAAAAAUAAUAGCGAAGCUAAAAACUUUAUUGCAAUUAACUGUUUUUCUCUUAAGUUUUGUCUUCAAGUGUGUUCCACGUUAUUACAUCAUAUCGAUCAAAAUCAACCUAUGCCUGAUUACAUUAAACUAUUAUCUUCCUUAAUGGCUGACAAAUUUGGACCACCAUUGACUGGAUAUCCAGGCUCAAGUGGAAAUAAUACUCCAAAAGAAAUGAUGGAAGGAGUUAUAAGCACUGUGUCUUCUAAUAUUCAUGACUCCAAAUCUUUUGUACACAUUAAGGAUCCGGAUGCAGUAUAUCGAUUUCUCGAGGCUGAAGAAGAUACAAUGAUAUUCACGUGUGGACAUCAUUUUCCACUAGCUACAUAUAAAACCGAAGUAAUUCCAACGAUGGAAACCGAGUUACUGGGAUCCGAAUCAUUAGUUCUUCCACAUACAGCCCAGUACUUAGGAAAAAUGUUAUCUCAAACUACUAAGCCGGAAAUACUAUGCCCUUUGUGUAUACCGAGAGCAUUGGAAACAUUGGCGAAGAAACAUGAUGGAUGAGAAGUAUGUACCUGACAUUUUAUUUUAACGAAAAAGAACAAAAUGAUAGAAAAAGCUGACAUAUAACUUUUUCUUAGAAUCUUAACGAACUCUAAAAUUAUACACAUGAAAGAGUGAACUUUUAAAUUAAUUUUAAUGAACUAAAACAUUAAACUAACACUGACAUGUAGUUAAUGUAAAUUAAAAUAACGAUUACAUUUAAAUUUACGGACAACACUUGCCAUCGCAAUUGCGUUUUAUUCAAUAAACAUUACAAAGCACUGUAAAGAACUAAAGCUCUCUAUAUCCUUGAAAUUAUAUUUUUUAGAUUAUCUAUAGAUGUAGGUAAUUCUACAUAGACAUCAUUAUAGUGCACUAUAUGUUUCAUUACUUAAGAACAUGCAUCGUGUCCAAUAUCAGGAGGAUUAUUUCAUUAUGCACUUUGAAAUUGAACAUAUUCACUGAAACUAGAUACAUAUUAUGUGUUCAUGAAUUGUCAAGUGAUAUUUCAAAUACUUUACUAAAACGUAUCAUGAAUUAACAAGGGAUAACAUUAAGCAUUAACAUUUUGAGUAUACAUAUUUAAAUUUGUGAACCUCAGAAAAUUAAAAAAGAUGUAGUGAAAUAUGUCAUUUUCAAUUAAUAUUCUACAUACAGUUAGCACUAUAUUUUAAAAAAUAAAUUAGAGAUUCAAAUACAACGAUGUAAUGUGAAGAAUAGCAAACCAGGAAUUUUUUCCUUUUUGGACUUUGUUUAUAAAACAAUUUUAUCUCAGAUUGUAUAAAUUUUAGAAUUGAUAUUUUACAAGGAUUAUUUUUUAUGAAUAUGAUGAUUAUAUUGUUAGUGAAUUUUAAUUUAUACUGCUUGAAAUAUUCCUUUUAGCAGAUGUUACAUUUUAUUUGAGAACUAAUUGCUUAUCAUUAUCUGUUAUAUCUUAUUACAAUUUUAACUUUUAAUUCAACUGAAAGAUCCAGAUAUUGUGUUGUAAAAUAUAUAAACGGCUAUAAAAAAAAUAUGUCAAUAAGAUAUAAAAUUUAUUAACACUUUCGUGAUCGAUAGCACGAUACUACGUAUUUUUCUUUCUUUUUUUUUUUUUUUUUUUUUUUUUUUUUUUUUUUUUUUUUUUUUUUUUUUUUUUUCUUCAUGAUUUUAUCAGACCUCAGGGGAUAACCUUUCUACAAUUUUGGUAAGAGAGAAAAGGGGUAGAUAUAUGCAUAACAGAGUUGAAUGAGAAAUGAAUCAAUGCGGGCGCGAAAGUGUUAAUAAAUUUGUUAACCAAAUAUUACUUACUGUGAAGCCAUAAUAUAGAAUUGUACAGUAGUUAUAGAAACAUUGUAAAAUAUAUAAAGAAAAAAAGGAGAUAAGAUUAGGAAAUGGACACAGCUAUUAUCUGUGCAAUCUUAUAAAAUUGGUGCAAAGUGUUAAGGACUGAUGAAAAAUGUAUUGAUCUAGUCUUCAAAGUAUAUGCCAGAAUAUAUUAGUUGAUCUUAGAAGUUGGAAAGAAUAGAUCAUUAAUAAAAAAGAUAUACAUAUAUAUAUCAUGUGAUUCUUCGUGAACUUAUGUUGAUUAGAUGAUCAAUGUAUUGACAUUGUAAACGUGUAGAACGUGUACAUAGAACAUUGUUUAUAAAGUUAGAAACUUUUGGUUACAGAUGGAGCAAGUUCAUAGACAUAUUCUGUUGUAUGUUUUAAAGUAGAAUUGCAUGAAAGUGGAAAAUAAUACUUGUGUAUGUGAGGGAACUUUUCCAUUAUCAUUUUAGUGACCAAUAUAAAUGAAGGUUUAGAAAUUAAUCAAUGCAAAUUGUGGAAUAAAAUGAAUAUUCUUUAUUGUUAAAAUUAUAUUAUUAAAUAGUAGAGCUAAAUGAAGGUGUAAAAUUAUAAUAGCACAAAAUGAAUAAAAUAAAUAGUAUAUGUAUGUACAUCCAAUUUCUCGCACAAAAUAAUGUAAGUUAGAAGUAAUAAAAAAUUAAUUAUUGACAUGCAAAAGAAUUACUCACAGAUAUACAUUGUGUUGAGUCAUUCAGUAUCAUCCAAAGUAUUUAAAUAAUGAUCAAUCUCAUUAAGAAGAAAAUAAGUAAAUUUGAAGAUUUCAUAACAAAAUGAUAAAAAGAAGUAGAAAUACUUGUGAAGUGAUCUUUAAUAUUCUUUGGUAAAUUUUUAAUACUUUCUUUAUAUUUAAAAAUUGUAAAUACCUUCAUUUAGUUCACAGGAAAUAUUUCUUUAUCAGAUAUUUUACUAAUUUCCUAAAUGUGAUAUGAAACAAAAUUUAUAUUACUUAUUUUAGAUGCUUGAGAUUGUUGUUUUUAUCUUUCCUUUUAUAGAAGAUUUAAAAUUGUAAAUAAGGAAACAGUAUAUGUAUCAUUUAAGAAAGUGGAAUAUUUUAAGCAAAAAUAACAUUGAAUAAUAUCUCAAUCCUUCUUUUAGAAAAUUUACGUAUUUAACACGUGUGAUACUUUAUUCUAUUAGCUAUUCUUUUUAAAUUGUAUAAUAUAUUUGAAAGCGUAUAAUAUAUGUAUAGUAUAUAUUAUAUCCUUGACAUAUAGGUCUCCAACUUAUUUCUCGAUACUUAACAUACGGGUAUAAUGUUAUUAAAAUAAUAAACAAGAAAUUUAAACAAUUUUCUUAAAGAUAAUCUAUUCUAUACAAAAUAAAUAGAUUAUGUUUUUGUUCAUGUAAAUUGCAUUAUUCUUUAUCUAUAUUAAACAUAUAGUAUGUAUACGGCAUACCAAUUGAAAUAAAUUGUUUAUUUAAGUUCCAACAAGAAAUAUUGACACAUUUCUUUUGUGUAAGUUGUAUUAAAUUCAAUAUAUAGUAUAAAAUUGUUCUUAAAGUUCUAAUUCUAUAUAUGUGAACAGCUGCAAUAUUCUUGUAAUAUACAUCCGAAUGUAUAAUUUUGAAUGUCUUAUACAUAUAUAAAUUAUGAAGUCUUUCACUGAUAGUAUUUAGACAAUUAAAAUAUUGGAUCACAAUAAAUGCAAUUAAAACAA